UCCUCCACUCCAUUAAUCAAACUAUUGUUUGCUAAUUACUCAUCUGAAUUAGGGUUUAUUUGCCUCUAAUCAAUCUUAAUUCAUCAAUAUCAGUGGUUGUUUAGUUCUUUUUAAUAUUUUUUUUUUCUUUUUGUAUGACGGCUGUCGGAGUUGAAACGGCGACGCUUGAUGAUGGCCAAUGCAAACCCCAAUUUAGAAUAUUUUUAAUUUAUUAUUCAGAUUGUCAUUUUCCUAUUUUAGUUUUACUGUUCUUUAUAUUUCACUUAGGCACUGAUAUUUCACGCAAAAAAGCAGUAGAUUUUCUCGUUUUUGUGUUCCUCCUACUUGGUUCCGAGAAAGUUGAUGUCAAGAAAAUGUUGAAAUCUUUGUAGUGAGCAGAUAUAAUGGCUGUUGAAAGGUCUGGAAUUGCCAAAGAUGUUACGGAAUUGAUUGGUAAAACCCCCUUAGUAUAUCUAAAUAAACUUGCGGAUGGCUGUGUUGCCCGAGUUGCUGCUAAACUGGAGUUGAUGGAGCCAUGCUCUAGUGUGAAGGACAGGAUUGGGUAUAGUAUGAUUGCUGAUGCAGAAGAGAAGGGACUUAUCACACCUGGAAAGAGUGUCCUCAUUGAACCGACAAGUGGUAAUACUGGCAUUGGAUUAGCCUUUAUGGCAGCAGCCAGGGGUUACAAGCUCAUAAUUACAAUGCCUGCUUCUAUGAGUCUCGAGAGAAGAAUCAUUCUGUUAGCUUUUGGAGCUGAGUUGGUUCUGACAGAUCCUGCUAAGGGAAUGAAAGGUGCUGUUCAGAAGGCUGAAGAGAUAUUGGCUAAGACACCCAAUGCCUACAUACUUCAACAAUUUGAAAACCCUGCCAAUCCCAAGGUAUUUAAGUAAAUUUUUCUGUAACUGGUACAACUGAUUCUUGACACAUGUACAUUGUCAUUGUCAUUGCAGAUUCCUUUUCUUUUUUAUUUUUAUAAUUUACUUUUUACCAUUAUUGAAAACUUCACAUAUUAAAAUUAGUUUAACCAAAUGAUCUUUCCAACAA